AUGCCUCGAUAUGCCGCUGACAAGCAUUCGCAUGCGAUACCGCUGCAAACCAAGCGGAACCACUCAUCGCGAGCAAGACCCAACAUAGUCAAGGCCGCUGAUGGUAAUGGCAUAGGCUUUUGGGUCAUUUCCGAUGUUGAGCUAUGUCGCGAUUACCACUGUUUGACGAUGGAGACCUAUAAGCGGCAUUUCAAGGCUGCUCAUGGCGACUCUCAUCUAUGCGCUCUAUGCGAUAAUCAAUCAUUUGUCGACACUGAGACGUUCCAAACGCACUGCAACGUCGAGCACCCGCCAAUGACUCACCGCUGUGAUAUGUGCCCCGAAGGAUUCGAUAACGCGUAUACUUUUGCCUUGCAUCAUCUUUUCAAGUCGGCUGUGCACCCGAAAUGCAGCAUGUGUCGCGUUGGAUUUGAGACAAAAGAUGGCCUUCUUCAGCACCCGCAAGACAUUCAUGAAGCAGUUCCCGUCGAGAAGCUGGAUCUUGAACGUGCUGACGAGGUAUUUUCCAUCUUGACUGUGUGGCUGCUUUGCUCAUUACACGUCAUGCUACCCGCUGCGACGCACGAUUACGCCAUAUGUGGCAUCUGUGGCGCAGCAGCAAUCUGUUUUAUCAUCCCGGUCUGCGACCUCACAAAGAUCACUGUCAUCAACGUCGAUCCUCGUGGUCCCUCCUGGAUUGCAGAGAGCUCAUCACCUUCAGAGGCGUGGACGCAUGGAAGCGAGGUUUCUCCGCGUCUUGCGUUGACGCCAAUGUCGGAGGUCUCUAUGCUUUUCUCCGAGACGCCUGGAUGUUUCUACCCUGACUACCCAGCGCCUCUGCGUCCCUCGCCUCCAGAACCUCUCGCUGUAAAGACCAGCAAGAAUGAGGAUGGUGCAUUGACCCCCAUUGACGCUGCGCUAGUCCGAGAACGAGACAUUUUAGCGGGAGAGGUCAUAAGCAUUCUGUCAGACGAGUUAGAGACAUCAGAGCCAGUGUUCACACCUCAGGAGGCAACACCCAUCAUAGGGUCUCCGCCCCGUCCCGCUUCGCCCCAAAUCACUCGGAAUCGAGAAAGCGGGAGUACAAGUCAGACGUUGGCAAAAGUACCACUCACCUCGGACUGCUUCAGUUCCCCCGUUGCGGUCACAAACCCCGACAUGAUAUCCCCCCUGACAGAGUCUUUCUCGAGUUCAACGUCGCUUCUGCGAUCCCCCUCGCCCAUAGUCGAGCCAAUCGAGCAAGACAGUUUCCGGAUGCCCGUGCUCGAGGCAAGCCCCGCUCCCGAAGGCUUCCCUGGCGCUAUUCCUGGCAUGUUCCGCAUACUGCCUCCAAUCGACCACCAGCUUGCAACAGAGCGUGUGCCUUCGCCAACACUGCGUCCUCGAUUCCGGGAAAUGGGUAGUGAGGCGAAGUCUAAGAAUAGUUGUGUUUCUCAAAGCUGGGCCCCCAUGUUUCUUGCGUCUCCGUGUAGCGAGGCAUUAGAACUCGACAACAAUACUGAUGUGCGUCUUCCCAACCGAGAGUAUCUUAGCGAGCAACCCCUUCAGAGUUCGGUGUCCCACCUGCAUCGUCGGAGCACUCAUUGCCGACGGGAGCUUCGAAUGCGCCGUAUGCAAGAGGCCGAUACUAUUGCGUUUGGACGUAACGACCCAUUAAAUCGCCAGCACGCACACCGGGAGCCUUCAAUCUUACCACUCGUGCGCUGA